AUGGCUGUCUGUGUCUACCAUUUCGAUAAAGUGAUAGCAGCAAGUGUUGCCGCUUUCGGCGCGGGGGACCGUUGCUGCGUCAGCGCGCUCAAGACCCUGCGGAACCACUGGAAGAAAACGGCGGUCGGAACCUGCCUGCUCUCCUGGGGGGGCACCUGGCUCUACGGCCAGCCCCGUGAUAACCUGCUACGAAGAGCUGCGUGCGAAGAAGCCCAGGUUUAUGGCGAUCAGCCGCUUCCGUCCAAUAUGCCUCUGAAGAGAGCAACAGUGUUUCUGAACCCAGCAGCUUGCAAAGGCAAAGCCAGGACUCUUUUUGAAAAGAAUGCUGCUCCAAUUUUGCACUUAUCUGGCUUGGAUGUAACCGUGGUUAAGACUGAUUAUGAAGGACAAGCAAAAAAGCUUCUGGAGCUGAUGGAGAGUACAGACCUGAUCAUUAUUGCAGGAGGGGAUGGCACGGUACAAGAGGUCGUAACUGGACUUCUCCGCAGAGCAGAUGAGGCUACCUUCAGUAAGAUUCCUAUAGGAUUCAUACCUCUUGGAAAGACCAGCACUCUCAGCCACACACUCUACCCUGAGAGCAUGAACCAAGUUCAACAUAUUAUUAAUGCUACAUUGGCCAUUUUGAAGGGAGAGACAGUUCCACUUGAUGUCUUGCAAAUCAAGGGAGAAAAGGAACAGCCUGUGUUUGCAAUGACUGGAUUAAGAUGGGGAUCUUACAGAGAUGCAGCAGUUAAAGUUAGCAAGUAUUGGUACCUUGGGCCUCUGAAAACCAAAGCAGCUCACUUUUUCACUACAUUUAAGGAAUGGCCUCAGAAACAUCAAGCUGCUCUCAUGUAUCUGGGUCCAACUGAGAGACCUCCAGAAGAGGCAGAGGAGCAGCGAUCCAGACCACCUUUUCAUGUGAGGCUCUACAGAAGACUUGCGUUGUACUGGUCAUCUCCCCCGAAAGAAAUCCCCCGGGAGGAAACCCAGGACAACUGGGAAGAACUGAAGAUAUCCACCAUUGAGCUUUCCAUUGCAACUCAGAACAGACAGCCUGAUUUGACACGUACUGAAGACUUCAUGAAUAUUUGCAUCGAAGCAGAUACCGUUGGCAAAGGACAGUUUGUAAGCAGAGGAAGUCAAAAGAUGAGUGAUCCACAGACGUGCCCUGAAGGGAGUCAGUGCAUCCAAGCCAGCAAGUGCAUCUUGCAGCUUCCAGAGGGCACUGGAGGAUCCUUUGGCAUUGACAAUGAGGAAUAUGAAGCUAUGCCUGUAGAGGUGAAGCUAUUACCCCGGAAACUCCAUUUCUUCUGUGAUCCCAGAAGGAGAGAACAGAUGCUCCAUGUGGCAGCUCAAUGAGAAUUCAAGUCAAACUGGAUCACUGCUCACCAGCCUUAUCAGGUUCUCUUCAAGGCACACGAAACCUCGCUAAUUUGAUUAACUCCAUUGGAUUAAUGAAUCAUUGGGCCAUUUUAUGCACAAAGUACUUCUGUUGGAAAUGGCUGGUUUGGCAAGUCUCAAAGGGGCUAAAAGUGCAAAUUAGACUCUUAAGAGGUUAACGUUAACUCGAUGGCAUCUUUUCCUUCCUCCUAAAGAAGAAGUCUGUUCCAUUUACAGCGCUGCAGGCUGAGUGCUGUGUGCCAGAUGCUACUACUUUAUUACAAUUGUAUAUUAAAGUAAAAUGUAACCACA